ACACACACACACAGGGUCGAUACCUUUGAUGCAUAUUCCAGGUGAGCAAAUCAAUUCCGGAGCGAGACUUCGACCCGAAUGUUCUCUGUCUCAUCCCUGUAUUUUUCAUCCACCAGACCUCAAACAGUCACACCCUUGCAGUAGUUUGGACAUUUAGCACUCUUAGCAUUGAUCUCUAUGUCUCACAAGUGUACGAGUACAUAAACCCAACCUUUUAUGAUAUACGUAUAUUGUGCACAUGUGUACAACUACCCUAUUAUGUAAUGACGCAGCUCACAUCUGCGAUAGACUCGUCACCUCCACCACAGCGCCAAGGGACCCACACCCCGGCACAUCCACGCCAGGGAAACACGUUAAGCUUUACUUGUUCACGGCCGGCAACGCACACUACUCGCAAGCACUGGGGGAGAGCUUGUGCGUAGUGAGCGUGCAGCGUCUCUCACUCAGACCGUAGCCAGGCUGGGAAAUUAACAGGUCGCAAGAUGAGCACUCAUAGCAACAACGGCUGCAUCGGGGACCUGGUGGAGGGAGUCAUCUGCCAGGAGGAUGACCUGCCGAAGGAUGGGAUGAAAUCAUUUGAAUUCAAUGGAGAGAAAGUGUUGGUGGUACAUCACAAGGGACAGCUGUCAGCCAUUGGGAGCAAGUGUUCCCACUAUGGUGCCCCACUGGAGAAGGGAACACUGUGUGAGGGGCGUGUGCGCUGCCCCUGGCAUGGUGCUUGCUUCAAUGUGGCCACAGGUGACAUAGAAGAUUUUCCAGGCCUUGACAGCAUCCCUAAGUAUGAUAUAGAAGUGGCUGAAGGACAGGUGAAGGUGAGGGCCAGCAAGACCCUUUUGAUAAAUGGAAAACGUACCAAGGCCAUGGCAAAGAGAGACCCGAACAACAAUUCAUCCUUUGUUAUUAUUGGAGGAGGUGGUGCAGGAGCAAGCUGUGCUGAGGCUCUGAGGCAGGAAGGCUUCACUGGACGUGUCAUCCUCAUCACUCAGGAAUCCCAGCUGCCCUAUGACAGACCCAAGCUCUCCAAAGCCAUGGACAUCGCCCCAGAGAAGAUAUUACUCCGAUCAGAAAGUUUUUAUGAAAGUGGUGACAUAGAGGUGCUCAUGGGAGUGUCAGCCGAGGGAGUCAACACUGAAGAGAAGAUGAUCCAUUUGAGCACAGGUGAUACAGUUGCCUAUGAGAAACUGUUCAUCGCUACAGGUGGAAAACCUCGAAGGUUGGGCAUUGCAGGUGACCAGCUGCCUAACGUGUGGGUGGUGCGCUCACCUCAGGACGCCAACGCUGUGGCGGCAGCAGCAGCUCAGAAGCGAGUGGUGGUUGUUGGCACCUCAUUUAUUGGAAUGGAAGUGGCUGCAUUCUUGUCCAGCAAUGAUCGGGCAGCUUCUGUCACUGUCAUUGGCAACACUUCUGUUCCCUUUGAAUACAGUCUUGGCCAUGAUGUGGGGCAGCGCAUCCAGGAAAUGUUUGAGGAGAAAGGAGUCAAGUUCAUCGCCAAGUCAGGAGUUGUUGGGAUAAGUGAGGAUGAAGGAAAAGCAAGUGGAGUCACCCUGGACUCUGGAGAGACCGUUGAGGCAGACGUGGUGGUGCUGGGCGUUGGCGUGGUGCCCAACACUGAGUUCCUGGAGACCUCUUCCAUCCCAAGGAACCAGCGAGGCUACAUCCCUGUCAAUGAGCACUUGGAGACAAGCAUCCCUGGUGUCUUCUGUGGGGGAGAUAUUGCCGCUUUCCCUCUGUUCAUUGAGGGUGGUGAGGAGGUUUCCAUAGGGCAUUGGCAGGUGGCUCUUGGACAUGGCCACACAGCAGCUCUCAACAUGACAGGCCAGAAUGUGGCCGUCAAGUCUGUUCCAUUCUUCUGGACAGUCUUGUAUGGGAAGAGUCUUCGCUACACUGGUUACGGGAAGUAUGACAAUGUGAUCAUUGGUGGUGACUUGGAGAACUUGUCCUUCAUUGCAUACUACUGUCGUGGAGAUAAAGUGGUGUCCCUUGCCAGUCUGGGGAAGGACCCUGCAGCUGCUAAUUAUGCUGAGAUGUUACAGCAGGGCAAGUUCCUCACUAAACAACAAGUGGUGGAUGAUGGGGAAAUUGCAUUAAAACUCAAAUGUUGAUUUAAGUUUAUAGUUCAAGCAAUCUCACUAUGCAGCUUUUGAAGUGUAUUAUGUGGCGUGGUGUAAUUUAUGAAUGCUCAAAGUUGUGAAACGCAUAUUUCUGUUACAUGUAUGUGGUGUGUGUUUGUGAUGUGCCAGGUGCCCUCCUAGCUACUUGUAACAACCCAAUAAUGUGUGUGUGAAAGCAGGGAGCUUGUUGCCCCUCUCUCUCUCCUAGUAACUCAUCAUUCAGCAAAGUAAUGAUAGCUGUAGUUGCCUUUUGUUUUCAGUUAAUGAUAGAAUAAUUUUGUAAUAGUUUUGAAUAACAUCUAAGUGAAGUAAUCUGAAAGGAUUAGGUUAUUAUGUACUAUUUUGUUUCUGAUAGAAACAGAUAUGUGGAUUAGUGAAUACAGGCAAGGUCAUUCCUUGUCUUAGAUUGAUUGAUAAAAAUCAAAUGCUAACAGUUCUAAAAUUGUUAAAGUACCUUGAAAACAUUUUGCUUGAGCAUAAUGUUAGAACAUAAUUAUUGGGUUCUACAAACCAAAGAAAUAGUAUUGAAUGAAUCGUGGAGAAAAAAUUAUUGUAUUAAGCAAUCUCAAUACGGCUAGCUCUGUCUAAAACACACUGAUGAAGAACUACAGUAACUACAGUAUAAGUCGAGUGCAGUGCAUGACACACGGUGGCUUGUGUGCAGCUUGACUCAUGAUGUGCUUAGUGUGCUGAGAGGGGUGCACCAGACAGCACGCCUCAGUACUGCCCUGUGUCACGUGUGCCUCGUGUGGUGCCUGUUCAUAAAUUAUGGUUUUGGAGUGAGAAGUGGUGGAUUAAGUUUUCACGGGACCAAUUUGCAACUUACACGACACAAUUUGUUACAAGCUCAAUAUUUUUAUAUGGCAUAAGUUGUUCCAGACAAAAUAUUUUUAUAUACACUUUCACAGUCACAUAAUAUUUAUUAGUAACAUUUAUUUGUAUUGGAAUUGUCAUAAUAUUUUUGGGGUGUUGGAGUAUUGAAUAAAAACGUUUUGAUCCCUUUUGGUGCUUCAGACUCAGUAACAGAGUAUCUUUGUUAAGAUUUGUUGAGCUUUAAUUGUUAGAUUUAGUUGUCAUCUACAUUCCCUUGCAAGGAAGAGUAACUAUUUACAUAGUGAUAGCAUGGACAACAUAAACACAUCAUAGAAUGCAUUAACAGUUCCACAUUUUUCAUUUUGAGGAGGAUAUAGUCCACUGAGUGUUUGUAAUAGCAAAUUUGACUUGUUCCUUGAUGUGCCUUGUUCUUGAUGUCUCUUCCCAUUUACUAACUUGGAGGAUGAUUUAGUGAACCCUGCAGAAGUCUUCAAUGGCUCAUGGAAGUGUCAACUGGCAAAGUGUAACCUCAAGAAUUGUUGUGCCUUAUUCCUCAGUUCACUUAGUUAGCAUUGUAACGUGUUCCAUGCUCAAUAAAUACAAUCUUAAAAGA